AUGAUCCUCAAGAAACAAAAGAAAGUAUUUUACUACCCCAUUACUUUCACACCACGCAACCGUUCAAAGUGCCGUGGCUCCAUCACGCUAAAGACUUUCCGACGAGAUGUUUACCGUCCCAUCACCGGUAAAGACCGACUUUUCGGACAGACACAAAUAAAUCCUCAACUCCAGCAGCUCAAGUUCGAUAUCCCUUCGAAACUUCUAGCAUCCGGAUCCGUCGAGACAUGCCUCCAACACGUGUCUCUUGUUUUGAAGCACGUUGAGCUAGUGGUUCUUGAAACUUUCGUUUUGUACACCAUUCAGCUCUUUGGAGAAAGCCAAGGGAGAACAUUCGAGUUUGAAGCUAAUGUGGAACAUGUGGAGUUGCACUUGAUGGAAGAAAGUAAAGGCUGGAGAACUUGUAUCCCGAUUAAGUCUGUCGAUUAUUAA